AUGAAGAAAGCUAGCUUGCUUUUCCUCGAGCACAACAUUGUGUGUCCGAUAUGCCUCGAGGUGUUCAGAGACCCCGUCACCACAGCCUGCGGACACAACUUCUGCAUGGACUGUUUGCAGGAUUACUGGGACCACCAAGCCCUGGUCGGGGAUUGCCCCUACUGCCCUCAGUGUCGUGAGCCUUUCAGUUCGAGGCCUCAACUGCGCAAAAACACAACCCUGGGAGAAAUCGCCACGAGGUUCGCACGGGAAGAAGCCCAAGGGUCAAGGAAGCUGGCAGGUCAGAGGGAGGUUUUGUGUGACUUCUGCUCCCCCAGGAAGAUGAAAGCUGUCAAGUCCUGCCUGCAAUGCAUGGCUUCCUUGUGCGAAAACCACAUCCGUUCCCACUAUGAAGACAAUGCCUUCAGGAACCAUCAGCUGAUAAAACCUCUCAAUGACCUGAAGGCUAAUAUGUGCUUGAAACAUCACAGACUGCUGGAGCUGUUCUGCAGAAUCGAAGGGAAAUUCAUCUGCCACAUCUGUGUUCGGGAAGAGCACAAGAAUCAUGACGCCAUCUCUCUGAAGGACGACAGGAGCAAGAAAGAAGUCGAAGUCAGGAGAGUACAGGCCAACGUGGAAAACCAAGUCUUGAUGGUGGCAGUGGACAGUCAGCAACACAGGGGCAGAGUUAACUACCUUGCGAAAGUAGUGAAGACGGCCCGAGACGAAGUGAAUAGGGCCUUUGCCGAGGCGAUGAAAGAGCUCAAGCGACUGCAGAACAAGGUGAUGGACUUUAUAGAUGAAGAAGAAAGAUCGGCCUUAGUUGGAAUGGGGAAUUCCAUUCAGCACAGUCAAGAGCAGCUGAUUGAUCUCCAAAAGCAGAAUUACUGGCUGAGAGGUCUCAUGGAAGACCCAAGUGACCAUCAGUUUCUGCAGGACUUCCCAAAAAUAAGAGUAAUGUCGGGUUGCACAGAAGCUUUGAUUGGACUGAAGUGUGAGGAGCCCACCAGUUUCGUAGCACUUAAACAGACCUUGAGUGACUUGAAAUCCCAAGUGUCCAUGUUCGGACUCUGUUUCAUCAACAAAGCCCUUCAAAAAGGGAUCACAAUGGUGCCUUAUGAAGUGAUACCAGCUCCAACGGAUCGGAAAAGUCUCAGAAAGUAUUACUGCCUGCUGAAUUUUGAUGCUAGCACUGCCAACGAAGAACUCUUCCUGUUUAAGGAGACCCACUCGGUGCUGAACAUGGGAAUCUUGUUGGAGAACUACUCAAAACCCAGCCAAGGAUUCAACCACUGGCCACAGCUCUUGUGCACCCGCAGCCUAUGCGAGGGCUGCCAUUACUGGGAGGCUGAGAUUUCAAACGCAUGGCUGUGUUUGGGAGUCACCUACAGUUACAAGCAUAGAACUGAGAAAGCUUGCAUGUUGUACCUGCUUGGCAGGAAUAGCAAUUCAUGGUGCUUGGAGUGGGACUCACUGAAGUACUCUGUCUGGCACAACAAUAUUCAGACUGUGGUGCAUGGCAGCUACUAUAAGACAAUUGGAGUCUUACUAAACUAUGCUGCUGGCUCCCUGACUUUCUAUGGCAUCACCAACACCAUGAACCUCAUCUACCGUUUCCUCACCAUAUUCACCGAACCUCUUUACCCGGCUGCUAUGGUAAGCAGCGGGGCCUCUAUUACUUUGAAACAGCACCCAGACUAGAGAGGCCACAAAAAUAUCCCUCUUUAAAGGCCAGGGAAGGCUUUGCUGUAGCUGAUAAAAUAAACUUCUAUCUCAUUACUGCUAAGGUGGGAUUCGUUUUUCUUUUU